AUUCAAUUCAUUUAAUUUCAAUUUCAACACACAAACACAAACAGCGCUGUUGUUCACACUACGAUACCUGACAGGGGUGUUGCACUCCUGCUGCACCUGCAGUGAAGUUCGCUGCCAGGAUGGACCGCUACCUCCUUACAAAAACUCUAACUGCUCCACCCGAUGAAAGCAACCUAAGUCCCUGGCCGUCACCAACACCGCCACCAGCAAGCAAAAUUAAGACGAAUAAGACGGCAAUGAAAGUUGUGGCUUCAACUAUUGAAAAAUGGAAAAUAGAAUGGCUCGGUGUCGAAAAAAUGAAUUAGACGACUCUCCUCUACUGCAAGGCAUGCGGGGCUAACCCACCCAAUAAUAGCCUGGAACCGCGAAAAAGUAAUCACGACUUUAUUAAAGGCGAACAGGUCAAAAAAGUGUUUGGCUCAUCGGCACCAAGCCAGCAAACAUAAUCGUUUUGCUUAUGAUUCUCCACCUCACUGACUACACCACUGCUGCUGCUGCAUACAGCUUAACGUUGAGAGUUGUAAGAUCAUCAGGUGAGUAUCCCACAUAUCCUGCUCUUUCACUAUUUAUUAUAAUGGCACACUUUUUGCAGAAAACACACAAACCUGGUAACUCUGCAGAGAUCUUACUGUUAACAUAAGGUUAAAGUGGCUAGAUUGUUUGAGAUCGGUAAAAAAUAUUGGUAGGGACAAUCCAGCAACACUUUGAUAUUGGUAGGGACAUGUUUUUUUUAAUUAACUUUAUUAACAGCACAUUAAUAUUACAACACAAAUAACUUUACAGGGAGUAUUAGAGAUAAUUAAAUCACCUAGCAGUGUUGUCCACAAUGUCUCUCAAGAGAUGUCCUUUUUGUUUUUAGAUACUUUACAGACAGAAUCAUGGAAUAUCUGAUGUUUAACAUCACACAAGUUUUUGUUUGGAAGAAACUGAGGAACUCUAUGGAAACACGGAAGGACACUGCUGUGAUGACCCCUAGUGUCAUCUUGGGAUUUGAUCUGGUAUUAACCUGUAUCUCUCCUGAUUCUGCAGGUGACCGUUAGUGUGACCUGGAAUACUUGAGGGCCCAUGGUAUUUCCUGGUUAUUUAAGUCCGGCUGCAGCAGGCAGUUUUCUCUAAGACACGGCUGCUCCGCUGCCGCUACUCUGCUCUCUAACCCCUCUAACAGCAGGCACCUGCUUUUGGUUAUGUUGUUGCCUAAGUUUCUUGUAGGUUUUGCACCUUACAACACACACAUACAUUCACCACUCCUGCACAUCUUACACCACUGAUUAUACUGUAAUCAGUGAUUACAGUGACUGAUUAUACUGUAAUUAUAGACAUUUACACCCCACUCCUUGUUAAUCCUCAGUUGAGUCUGUUAUUUACUUUGCUAAAGUAAAUUCCUUUCGUUGUGGCCACUCAAGCCUGGUCAUAAAACUGGUUAUCCUCUUACAACACACUGCCCGGUAAUGACAAGAGUCCAUAUAAUUCAUAGUCAUAUAAUGACUUUCAACCCAAUUCUUUACCAUUUUUUAUGAAACAAAAUAUUAAAACUUAUUUGUCCAUACUAUAUAAAUAAAUAAUGCCUGGACACACUGGCUAAAGUACUCACUGUACAUGUAGAACUGUUAUAUAUUUUAUUUGUUUUCAAAUUUGAUUAAGAGUUAAAGCGCCCCCGUCAAUUUUGGGAUAAUAUAUUAUCCAAAUUAUGUUUUAUAUUAUUUUAUACUGGUGGUGUCAGCUUUCAUAAUUGUGGAAACUUUCUUAUGUUCUUAAAAUAGAGAUAAAAUGAAUCUUUUCUCUUCAAUAACAUUCACACUACUGUGAUGAAUAGUAAAGGUGAUAAUUGAAUAAUGAGAGAAACACAUUAAAACAUAACACUAAAACAUGUUUUCUUAAAGGUUUGAAAAGACAAAUACAAACUCAAGCAAAGGACAAAUGAAAGAUUAAAGAAAAAAAUUCAAAACAUGAACUAUACUCUAAAUUUAAAGUCUGUUUAUUAUUAAGCAACUAAAAAGAACGGUUUGAAUGUGUAAGAGGUCAUCAGUGGUGUUGUAUAUAUAAUGAUUUACAAAAACAAUAUAUCACUAUAAUAAAAAGGGAAAAUUUCAGUUGGUUAGAAUUUGCAAAGACAUUUCAAUUUUUCUUCAGAUAAAUUAAAGAUUUUCAAACCCUGUUCAAACCACAAAUGCUGUGUGACCUAUUAAAAAAAAAAAAAAAAAAAAAAAAGAGAAGGAGAGUUGAGUAGCUCAAACUUCAACCGCACUUCCACACGUUGAUGAUCAUCCGGUGUUAAGAUGAAUUACCAAGGCUUUAGACGAAAGACUUAUUCUCAAUCCCCCUGUAAUCCCCUUUUUGAACAGUAUAAAUCUGACGCCACUUGACAUCAGCUGCAGAGGGGUACAACAUUGCUUUGAGAAAAACUACACCCAUCGGUCCUGUCAUUCAAAGAAGAUGGAGAACGGCACAGAGGGCAAGAACUUCUACAUCCCCAUGAACAACAGGACGGGGCUUGUGAGGAGUCCUUUUGAGUAUCCACAGUACUACCUUGGAGAUCCAAUCCUGUUCAAACUGCUGGCUGCCUACAUGUUUUUCCUGAUCUGCACUGGCUUCCCCAUCAACGCUCUGACUCUGGUGGUCACAGCUCAGAACAAGAAGCUGCGGCAACCUCUCAACUUUAUCCUGGUCAACCUGGCUGUGGCUGGACUGAUCAUGGUCUGCUUUGGGUUCACCAUCACCUUUGUAACUGCCAUCAAUGGCUACUUCGUUUUCGGACCAUUGGGCUGUGCCGUUGAGGGAUUCAUGGCCACUUUGGGAGGUCAAGUUGCUCUCUGGUCUCUGGUGGUUCUGGCUGUUGAGAGAUACAUUGUUGUCUGCAAACCCAUGGGAAGCUUCAAGUUCACUGGAACUCACGCAGGAGUUGGAGUUGCUUUCACCUGGAUCAUGGCUAUGUCUUGUGCUGCCCCUCCACUGGGUGGCUGGUCCAGGUACAUCCCUGAGGGUCUGCAGUGUUCUUGUGGACCUGACUACUACACUCUGGCCCCAAGCUACAACAACGAGUCAUAUGUCAUGUACAUGUUCAUCUGCCACUUCUGUGUUCCAGUUGGCACCAUCUUCUUUACGUAUGGAAGCCUUGUGCUGACAGUCAAAGCUGCAGCAGCUCAGCAGCAGGACUCAGCAUCCACCCAGAAAGCUGAGAAAGAGGUGACACGUAUGUGCGUCCUGAUGGUUAUUGGAUUCUUGGUGGCCUGGACUCCAUAUGCCAGCUUUGCUGCAUGGAUCUUCUUUAACAAGGGAGCUGCAUUCUCAGCUACAGCCAUGGCUAUCCCUGCUUUCUUCUCAAAGAGCUCAGCAUUGUUCAACCCAAUCAUCUAUGUGCUGAUGAACAAACAGUUCCGUAAUUGCAUGCUCACCACAGUUGGAAUGGGUGGUAUGGUUGAGGAUGAGACCUCAGUAUCAACCAGCAAGACAGAAGUAUCCACUGCGUCUUAAGGAUAAUUUUUUCACUACUCCGGAAAUCCUCCUUCCUGAUGUCUUCCUGAUUCUGAAUGGCUGUCUUGAAAUGGAAAUAAGCAAAUGGACACAAGCGAAUGAUCUUUUUGGCAACAAAUGGGAAUAAAUCAAAGAAAACAUGCCAGUGACAGCAUUUCAGCAUUUCUGUGCAGAUUCUUAAUUUCUGUAUGUCUGUGAUUUAAAAAACAAAACAAAACUGGACUCAUAUAAACCACAGCUUCAACCACAGAGUUAUUGUUUGGAUCUCUCACGAACAGGAUCAAGCAAAACAUUGUGAAACACAGCCUGAAGUGUUUUCUUGUCACAAAUGAUGAUAACUGAUGCUUGUGAUAUGUUUGAAUGGGUGAGUGGAUGAAAAUCACCUUUGUAUAUUUAUGACAGGUUAGCAUGUUUGUUGGCCUCUGUCAUAAUAUUCUGUAUAUAUUUUAUAAACAAAAAAAGUGUAGAAAAGAGUUAUUAAA